AAACACUUCAUAACCUUCGUAUAAAUUCCUUAAUUCACUCUCAAACCAAAUUAUUUUGCCACGGAGAUCAAACCCUGAUUCCCAAUCCAAUGGCCAUGAACGCUUCCUCUCCCAAUCCUCCCGCCGCCGCACCUUGGAGCCAGAUUGUCGCCUCCACCGCUGCUUCCGCCGUACCUCAUUCAUCGCCGUCACCUCCUCCUUCCUCCGCCGUCGUCGACACUUUCACCGUCACUGAGGCGGCGGAAGACACCGACAACACUUCCGGUGGUAAGAGACCUGUUUGGAGUAAACCCUCCAAUGCUGCUGCUUCUUCGGUCAUGGAUGCUGACUCAUGGCCUGCUUUAUCUGAAUCCGCCAAAGCUCCGGCGAAAUCGCCACCACCACCGCCAUCACCACCACAGGAAUUGGUGAAACUUUCCUUGGAUUUAUCGACCUUGCCUCAAUCGCAGGGUACUGGAAGCAUGCUUCACUCUCCUCAGAAGCAAGUUAAGGAUACUGCAGGCAACAGCAAUGUGACAUCAGUGCCUACUCAUCAGAAACCUUUUCGGCGUUCGAAUUCAAACGCGUCUUCCAAUGGAGGCCGCCAGCCGCCACAGAUGUCUGUGCCUCAAGGUUUCGUUGCUGUCCCACCAGGCUCCCACAAUCAUAACUCUGCACAAAUUGACCAUCUACCAAGAGCUGGAUUUGUGCCCAAUGAUCAGCCUCAGCGCCGAAAUUCAUUCAGGAACCGGAAUGGCGGUGGUCUGCAACCACGUGGAGAUGGUUCUCAUCAUUUUAAUUCUGGGAGCAGACGUGAUCAGGACCGCGGAAAUCAGGACUGGAAUGCUCAUAAUAGAAAUUUCAACAAUAGAGACAAUUAUAGGUCUCCGAGAUUUGUUCCACAGUUUGUAAGGCCUCCACCGCCUACUAAUCAUGCUCAAUACUAUCCCCCACCACCGCCACCAAUCCCACCUUAUAUGGGCUCAUAUGGAUAUCAUGACCUAACACUUCAAAUGAUGUAUGGUCCACCUUUGCAUGUGGAGCCUCCGAGAAGUGUACCGUUUGUGCAACCAAUAUCUUCUGCAAUAUUUUUUCCACCUCCGGAUUCUGAGUUGCAAACUAAGAUUGUCAACCAGAUUGACUAUUAUUUCAGUGAUCUCAAUUUAAACAACGACACAUACUUGAAGAGGAACAUGGAUGAUCAGGGCUGGGUUCCUCUAAAUUUAAUAGCAGGUUUCAACAAAGUCAAACUUUUGACUGACAAUAUUCAGAUUGUAGUAGAUGCUGUUCGUACUUCUUCUGUUGUUGAAGUGCAGGAUGAUAAAAUUAGGAGGCGAAAUUGGAUUACACUUUCUUCACAGUUUCAUAACGUCAAUGGUUCUCAAAUUGCUGCACAACUAGCAAAGAAUAUCCAAAACAUUGAUCUGGAAACAAAUAAAAACGGGGCAUUUGGAGAACUACAUGUUUCAAACAUUUAGAGCAGACUUUUCUUAAACAAUUUUGAUGGAGAAUAUUGUUCAGAUGAGGCACGAAGCGGGAACUAACAUGUUAUGAAUUUUCUCACAAGGUACAAGGUAUAUAACAUGUGACUGAGUAAUGGAGAAAAUAUCUUUGCUUAAUUGCAUUUUUGAUUCCUUUAUUUCCACCGAAUCACAGUUUUAGUACCCAUUUUCAAAUCUAAAAAUAUAGUCCUCCAGCUUUAUAAAGUUUUUUUUUUUUUACAAGUUCCACCAUUGAAUUUGUGAAAUGCAUAUAUAGAUUAAAUCAUCUUAUUUUAUUUUCCAUAUCAUAAAUAUAUUAUUUAAAAAAAAAAAAAAACUUAAAUGAAAAAAAUGUAAAAAAUCAUCUUUUUUUUUAUUUUAUUUUUUCUAACUUAGGUCUAUGUACCCCAAAAUUUUUUAAUCUACUUUUAGCUUAUAAAUUGAGUUGUGUAGUUAGCUAAGUUUGCAAACCUGACAUGUUUAGUACCCAAGCUAAUUGUUUUUUCUUUAUUUUACUUCAAUAUAUUUAUUAGAGUGCUGUAAAUGAUAGGUGGUUGCCUUGAGAUUCCAACAUAGUUUGGAUGUGUUUGCCACAUGACUUUGCACUCAAAUCUUUAAGUCCAAAUUUCAGUGGUGGAAAAAAUUCAAAUUAUUUUUUUUUUUAUUUAAAUCAAGGGACAAUAUUUAGAGUUGUAAAAAAAUAUGCAAUGGUUUAUCAUCUUGAAUUGUUAAGAGAAAGUCAGAUCAACAAAAGGUCCAAUUGGACCAGAUUCAUCAACUUUUGUUGACCUAACUUUCUCUUAUAUAUUCUGAGGUAGUAUUCAACAUGACACAUCUAUAAAAUUUAAUGGUGGAAAAUUUUCAAAAAUAGGGGGACUGUAUUUGCAGAUUUAGAAAUUGUGAAUUAAAACUGUGAAUCACAAAAAAAAAAAAAAAAAAAAAAAGGGGGCCAAAAAUGUAUUAAGUCCUGUUUUUUACAAACAGAAAAAGACCGAUUGGUGAAAAAUGGCUAGCAGAAAAUGCAUAUUUACAUUUUGUAUGCUUUGGAGCUAGUAGCAUGACUAGUGGUUAAUGCUGUUUAUAUGGGAAGGCUGAUUGUGGGAAGGCUGUUUGCUUUAAACUGGGGACCCUGUGUUUUGGCAUUCCCCUGAAUUGCCUUCAGCUGCUUUUUAUAAUCUUUGGGGUCAUCUUCUCACCGCUCUGGAGCAUUAUGUGUGAGAUUAUCAUGGGUGUUGAAUUGAAUGAGUUUGAUAUAGCUACUAGUUCACUGAAUGAAGGAGGAAGAUGGAAUGUAAUUUCUGCUGUCUGAGCUUCAACUGCUGUAUACAAAGAUAUAUAAUAUUUUGAAUGACUUCAUAUUUAUAGUGUUUUUUUUUUGUGUUUCUUGGUUUUUUAUUUUAUUCUUUUCUUUUUUCCUAGUUUUCCUUUAUCUUAACUUAGGCAUAACUUGUUCAUGUGUGAUGUGGGUCUAUUUCAAACGUACACUAUCCACCUUGCUUCUGUAUACUGUUGGGAUUUUGUCAAUUUUAUAUUUCUGAAACUGAAUGCAA